AUGCACCUCGCCUCUCUCAUCCUCACCCUCUUCCUGGGACAGCUCCGGGCUGCUGACCUUCACUUUGUUGCAGGCACCACAGGGCAGAUCACGGUCACCCAGGACGAUGGACAAGUCAUGGUGAAGCAGGGACACCCCUUCCAGACCACCUGCAAAUACCAGACCAGUUAUUUUAAUGCCUUGCUCUGGUACCAGCUGCGGAAAGGCCAAGCCCCACAGCUGCUCUCCUAUCAAGCAGGCUCUGGCCCCAAGCACAGCGGCCGGAUCACCACGCACCUCAACACCACGGGGAAAUACAGUGUCCUGAAGGUGGAGGAAGUGCAGCUCUCUGACACUGCCUUGUACCUCUGUGCUGUGACAGACACCCCGGGGCAGGGAGCAACCAUUUUUGGCAAGGGGACGCUGCUCUCAGUCCUGCCAGAAGUUACUCCAUCUCCCUCAGCCUACAGGCUGACCUCUACAGAUGACCAGGAUCUGGAAAUGUGCCUUAUCACAGAUUACUCCCCUGAGAAGCUCACUCUUAACUCAGCUGAGCAGCACACGUCCACUGUGGUGGAGGUGGCAGGUGCUGGGAACAGAGAGGAAUCCAGCUACCUGUCCACCUACUGGGCCAGGAGAGACGAGCUGCAGUGCAGUGCCAGCCACGAGGGCUUUGGAGAGCUGGAGGGCGAGGACCCUGAGAGUGGUGCCAGCGCUGUCUGUGUCACAGGGCUGUCCCUACACUUCAGGACAGAUGAACACUUGAACACACUGUCUUUAUCACAGCUGGGCCUCAAAAUAGUUUUAAUGAAAGGAAUAAUUUUUAAUGUGCUGAUGACGAUGCUUAUGUGGAAGAAAAAAAAGGACUGAAAGUAACCAGGUGGUGCAGUCCUGAAAUACCAAAACCAUCUGCUUUGAGAGAGCUUUGAGAGAGCAUCGUGAGCAAGAGGGAGCACAGGGAUAUUCCUUGUGCAAGAGCCAUCACUUGCUGUUCUUAUAAACCACACCAGCCAUUAUAUUCUAAAUUGCUUUAUUUACAUUGAUUUCAAACUACUCAAAACGAAGCAUUUCCAGCAUUCUGCCCUGCAGAUGCCAGGGUCAUUCACCAUACAGUGCCUCUUGUGCAUGAACCUGACUUUGCUACAAUUACACAUUGCCAAGCAUCGCUGUUACUUGCAUUAAAAUGAUGAGUUCUGCCUGGAGCAGUGCUGUUUGUUAAAAACUGCAAGCUAAAUAUCACCUGGAUGGGAAUUUUUCCUAUUUUGGUAGCUUUAGGGUAUUCAUGUCUCUUAGGGUGCACCCCCAGAAACCUUUUCAGGUGCAAAUGAAACACUGAAAAGCAAAGGGAGGUUGACUCAGGAUGCGCUGUCUUGCCACCCUUUGCUAGAUCAGAGCAAGAUAUCCUUUUUUCCCACUAAAGGAAGAGCUGCAGGACUCCCAGAAGUCCCAAAUUCAGUGAAAUGGUCACUUAAAUAUCAUAGAAAAAAAAAGAAAAAUUAUAUUUUUUUUAAAGUCUAUCUGACCAUAACAUCUUUCUAAUUUAAACCAGUUUAAGAUUUGGCUUUGUAUUUAGCAAAAAUACAAACAACUUUUUUUCUUUUUGUUUACUUCCAGCAACCUGAGAUCUCCCAAUUUCUUUUUGUAAUAAUUGCAUAAAAAUAUACUGAAAUAUUUACCUGUCCCUGUGUGCCCACCUUGGAACAGUGCUUGCUUGUGGCAUCUGCAUGCUGUUAAUUCAUGAACUGUACUGGCACCAAGAUGUCUUGGCAUUUCUUUAGGCUGUUAUCAAACAAUUCUUACCAAAAAU